AUGCAAGCCACCGACAACCUCACCUUUGUGCCUGGGAACAGCAGUCUGUGCACCAGAGAUUACAAAAUCACCCAGGUCCUCUUCCCGCUGCUCUAUACUGUCCUGUUUUUUAUUGGGCUCAUCACAAAUGGCCUGGCAAUGAGGAUUUUUUUUCAAAUCCACAGUAAAUCUAACUUUAUUAUUUUUCUGAAGAACACAGUCAUUUCUGAUCUUCUCAUGAUUCUGACUUUUCCAUUCAAAAUCCUUAGUGAUGCCGAACUGGGAACGGGACCACUAAGAAGCUUUGUGUGCCAAGUUACCUCUGUCAUAUUUUAUUUCACAAUGUAUAUCAGUAUUUCAUUCCUAGGACUGAUAACUAUCGAUCGCUACCAAAAGACCACCAGGCCAUUUAAAACAUCCAACCCCAACAAUCUCUUGGGGGCUAAGAUUCUCUCUGUGGUCAUCUGGGCAUUCAUGUUCUUACUCUCUUUGCCUAACAUGAUUCUGACCAACAGGAGGCCAAGAGACAAGAAUGUGAAAAAAUGCUCUUUCCUCAAAUCAGAGUUUGGUCUGGUCUGGCAUGAAAUAGUCAAUUACAUUUGUCAAGUCAUUUUCUGGAUUAAUUUUUUAAUUGUCAUUGUAUGUUACACACUCAUUACAAAAGAACUGUACAAGUCAUAUGUAAGAACAAGGGGUGUAGGCAAAGUCCCCAGGAAAAAGGUGAAUGUCAAAGUAUUCAUUAUCAUUGCUGUAUUCUUUACUUGUUUUGUUCCUUUCCAUUUUGCCCGAAUUCCCUACACCUUGAGCCAAACCCGGGAUGUCUUUGACUGUGCUGCUGAGAACACUCUAUUCUAUGUGAAAGAAAGCACUCUGUGGUUAACUUCCUUAAAUGCAUGCCUGGAUCCUUUCAUCUAUUUCUUCCUCUGCAAGUCCUUCAGAAAUUCCUUGAUGAGUAUGCUGAAGUGCCCCAAUUCUGCAACACCUCCACCCCAAGAAAAGAGGAAGAAAGGACAGGAUAGUGGUGGUGACCCAAGUGAAGAGACUCCAAUGUAA